CGAGAGGGUUUCUGUCACCGGCCACCUGUCAUUUUUGCGCGGGAAAGUGCACAGAUAAAAAAAAUAUUUGACGUUUCGGAAAGUAUGUGAAAAAAGUUUAUAUAUAAAUUAUAGCGCAAGUUCACGGUCUAAUUGAUUCGAUUAACAUAACUUCAAGGUUGUGUUUGUGUGAUAAUUUGUGUCUUGAAAAAUAAACUGAAAAAUAAACAAUGAGCAAAGUAAAAAUGGCUUGGCAGGAUCAGGACGAUAAAAGUUGUUAUAUUAAUGAAGGAUUUGUUUUGUCGGAGAAAAAUGUAUGGAUACCGGGAAAGAGGGCAGAGGGCAACAACGGUGCAAUGGCUGAAGUUGGAGUGUCUCAAGCUGUAUUGGUGGAGCCAAGAGGCGAUAAUGGCCGCAAGCUCCCGCAGUACAUUGCAGCUUUAUCAGCCACGCUCGGUGCCUUGGCCGCGGGUUCCAUGCUGGGCUGGUCAUCACCAGUCAUCUUGAAGAUCACCCAAGACAACAGCACCGAUUACAAUUUCAGUGUAUCCGAAUCCCAAGGCGAUUGGGUCUCGUCACUGAUCAAUCUCGGAGCUGCAGCUGUGUGCUUUCCGAUCGGACUUAUCAUGGACAUUUUAGGAAGAAAGAAGACCAUGUUGUUUCUAACUUUGCCGUUCACAUUGGGCUGGUUGUUGAUCACCUUUGCGUCCAAUGUCGGCAUGUUAAUGGCCGGGAGAUUCAUCACGGGUAUAGCUGGAGGGGCGUUUUGUGUCACAGCCCCAGCCUAUACAAGUGAAAUUGCCCAGGACUCUAUUAGAGGCACGUUGGGAAGCUACUUCCAAUUGAUGAUCACUGUCGGUAUAUUAUUCGCGUACGCGGUUGGAAGUUACACUAGUGUGUUCGUUUUCAAUAUUCUCUGUACGUUGAUACCGAUCGUGUUCGCGAUUAUUUUCUUCUUUAUGCCAGAAAGCCCUAACUUCUUGGUCGUUAAGGGCAGGCAUGAUGAAGCGAGGGAAGCGCUGAUUAGAUUGCGCGGAAGGAACUACGAUGUGGACAGCGAAUUGAGCAAUCUGCAAACAAAGGCCGAAGAUGCCAAAAACAACCCAGUUUCCUUCCUUUCGGCGAUUACUAAGAAGACCGCGUUGAAAGCUGUGCUCAUUUGCUACGCUCUUAUGUUGUUCCAACAACUGUCGGGUAUCAAUGCGGUUAUCUUCAACACGUCGAAAAUCUUUACGAGUGCCGGAGCGGCUAUCGAACCAGCCAUUGCUACGAUUAUCAUCGGUGUCAUUCAAGUAUUGGCGACCUUUGUAUCCAGUUUAGUUGUCGACAAAUUGGGCAGACGUAUUCUUCUUUUGUUCUCCGCUUUAGUUAUGUGCAUAUGUUCAACGGCUCUCGGAGUAUAUUUCUUCCUGCAAGACACUCACGGCUCAUCCUCUUCAAUAGUGGAAGCCUUGUCGUGGCUGCCUCUAUUGUCAUUGUCACUUUUCAUUAUCGCGUUCUCACUUGGUUUCGGGCCUAUUCCUUGGAUGAUGGCCGGUGAACUGUGUUUGAUCGACAUCAAAGCUUUCGUCGGUUCGACAGCAGGGACCUUUAACUGGCUGCUCAGUUUCACAGUAACUAGCACGUUCAACUCUCUAAACAACGCAAUUGGCUCCGGUCAGGUGUUCUGGCUAUUCGCUGGUAUCAUGGUCAUUGGCUUUAUAUUCAUCUUCUUCAUUGUGCCAGAAACGAAAGGAAAGAGUGUCGACGAAAUACAAAUCAUGUUAGGCGCAGAGCCUCAAUCGAUUGCUCCUAUGGACGAAAAGAAAUAAAUCAAGCGAAAAGACUGAUAAAGUAUUUUUCUACAAAAUGGUGGGUAGUUCGCAAUUGGCUAUUUUUAGACGUCUUUGGUAACACAGGUGUGCUUCGUAAGUUACUGUUUAACUGCUCCUUUACCAAAGAUUUCCUCGUUUCGAUUUGUUAUUUCGUCGACACGUUAGCUUUAAGUAAUAGCUCUGUGAACUAGUUUUAAAUUAUUUUUAUUUAUCGUAGUCGUAGUGAAACUGAGUUGCUGCUGUUGAAAAAGUAUCUGUAUAUUAAUGAAUUUUAAAAUAUUUAUUAACGAAUGAGGAUAAUUAAAUUUCAAUUAUGAUUGAAGUUUUUUAAUUCACAUGAGUUUGAUAUUAACUAUUUAAGAUUAUUUUUAGUCAAUUAGUUUAAAAAUUGAUGCAGCUAAACGUUUCGUCAUAUCAAAUGGAUGUAAAUAUUUUUAUUUAUUAAUGAAUAGUCGUAAAAAGUUUCGAUUCAUAUUUUAUCUGUUUAUCGUAAAAUAUGAAACGGUACUUUCAUACGAAUUGUAAAAUUAUUCAGUUAACAUUGCCAUACUUAUACUAACAUAUUUUAUAUAGAGAAUAUUGAACAUAUUGCCAUAUUUAUUAAAUGUUUUGUAUACAAUUUUGGCUGUUUUUUUUUAAUUUAGUACUAAAUGUUAAUCGUAGUAAGUGGAAAUGAUUGUUUUAAGAGGUCGCGUACCAAGUAAAUGUACACUUGUUAAAUGCAUAGAUAAAAUUGUAUUUAUAAUGUUUAUAUCUCGUACGAAAUUCGAACGGUGCAUUUAAUAAAAAUUGUUUCGUGA